UUUAAUUUUAGCAGAAAAAUAAAAAUAAAUAAUAAUUAAUAAAAAAAAAAAAAUAACAAUUAACAAAUUGGAGUAAUAUUUGACAGUCGAGUGACAGUGAGUUUGUGUGUGCGGUCAUUGAACGUCACGGCUUCAACAACAAAAUAUAAUUCUCAUAUCGAACGUCAAAUGAGAAAGGGUGGCUAUGGUGAUGAUGAUGAUGGUGGUGGUGGUGGUGGUGAAGCUGUGGGUAUAACUACUUGAUAAAAAAACUCCCCGGGUUUUAUAUAAAAUACAUACAUACAUAUACAGUGCAACACCCCCCCGGAGGAAAAAGGGGAAAAUAAAUCAUUGAAGAGAGAGACUCAUACAUGUAUAAAAAAUUACUCCUUAAAGCUAAAAAGCAGAGUGCUUUUUUAAGAAACCAAGAGAGAGAGAGAGAAAAAUUUUUUUUUACAUUUUUUUUUUUGUUUUUUAUCACCAAAUUUUCUUGACUUUUGUACAUUUUUGUACACUUUUUUUAUAAUAGUGUUGUGUAUGUGUGUUUGUGUUAUUAGCAACAAAAAAAAAACAACAAUAAUUUAUAUUUUUUUUUUUAAUAUAAAAUCCUCCCUCUCUGUGUACCCUCCCCGUUGUUGUACAUUCAACUCCAGUUUUACAUUAUCAUCCGUAGGGAUUGAUCCAUUUUUCAACAAAUUAAAUUUUUGUUUUUUGUUUUUUUACAGAAAAAAUAAACAUGUUUAAUAAUAGAAAAAAAAAAUUAAAUUAAAAAAGCAAUAAUGAUGUGCCGAAUUAUUGCAAUUAUUGUUAUAAAUAAUAAUAAAAAAAAUAAUAAUAUAAUAUUGAAUAGUAUAUUUAAUAAUAUUAAUAGUGAAUUGUUAAAUGUAAAUGUCAAAGGCUGAAGCGUAAAAUAAAAAGGGUAUUGCCGUCGUCGUCGACGUUAAUAUCAAAACGUAGACGUAUUGAUAAUAAUUACCAUAAUUAUUUUGAUUUAAUUAAUUAUAUAAAUUAUAAAAAUAUGGCAUCACAAAGUCAAAAUGUUGGUAAUAUUGGAGGAACAAGUGGUACAAUGACAUUAGCAUCAAUACCAUCAUCCUCAACGUCGACAUCGUCAUCAUUAUUGUCGCCCUCGUCGACGGCACCCAAUGUACAAUUAUUUAAUACUCAACAACAACAACAACAACAACAUCACCAUCAUCAUCAUCAUCAACAUCAUCAACAACAACAACAAAUGCAGCAAAAAAGUGGAAAUAAUUUUGAACCAAUUGAUAAAAGUUCAUCAAAUACACUCAAGCGUAAUCCAAAAAUGGAAUUGAGUAAAACAGAUUUAUUAAAAUUACUUGGAUAUCUUGAGGGUGAAUUACAAGCAAGAGAUAUUGUUAUUGCAGCUUUAAAAUCGGAAAAAAUGAAACAUUUACUUAAUUCACGUUAUCGAAGUGGUACAAAUGAUCCACAUGCAGCUUUAACACGUGAUGUUGCUAUUGUUGGUGGUGUUAUUAGAAUGGAAUGUAGUCAAGCUGAUCGUCAAGUUGCUAGUUUAGAAGCACUUGUUACACAGCAAAGACGUACACAAUGUCGUAUGGCUAAAGUAUUGAAAGAAGCUGAAAUGCGUCAUAGAACGGAACUGGAAGAAGAAAAACGUAAACAUGAGCAUGAUACAGCACAGGGUGAUGAUAUAACAUAUGGAUUGGAAAAAGAAAGAACAAGAUUAAAAAAAGAAUUAGAAUUAGAACGUCAAGAAAAAAAACGUCUUGAAAAUGAAUUAAAAAAAGAAAAUAUUGCUAUGGAAAUUGAAAAAAAUAGACAAAAACAAAUUGUAUUAUUAUUAUUAGCUGAAAGAAAAAAAAUAAUAAUGAAAUAUAUUGAAGAACGUAAACGUUCAGAAGAUUUAGCUCAAAUAUUAAGUGAAGAAAAAGUUAGAAUUGAUACAAUGGCUGAAGGUCUUGAAGAAGAAAGUAAAAAAUCAUUACAAAUGGAAGCUGAAUUGGAAAAACAAAUAGCACAAUUUGAUAUUGAAAGACAACAAUAUAGACAAGCAUUAUUAAAAGAAGAAAAAAAAAAUAAAGAACUUGAAAUUGAUAUUGAAAAAAUUAAAAUUGAAUUAGAAUCAUGGAAAUCUGGUGUUACAAUGAGAGGUACUGUUAGAUCAGCAAUUAUUGGUGGUGGUGGUGGUGGUGGUAUACCACCGCCACCACCAGCUAAACCAGCUAAUUUAAGUAGUAUAACAACACUUAGACCAACUGGUACAUCACCAGGAUUAAAAGGACAAGCUGUAUUGGGUACUGGUACACCAAUGGUAUCAAGUAAAGUUGUUCAGCCAACAGCAACUGUAUCAAGUGUUCCAGUGAGUGGUCCAACAACUGGUAUAGCAAGAUCAGUAACACCACGUCAAGCAAUGAGAGGUGUUACAUAUGGAACAGCUGUUGCACCAACUCCAAUAACAGCAGUAGCAACAGCAGCAGCAGCGACAACAACAACAACAGCAGCAGCAAUUGCAACAUCAACAACAACAACUCCAACAACAAUAGCUGCAGCUACAACAGUAACAAAUGCUGUUGCUAAUGACAAUGACACAGUAACACCAGCAACAACAACAUCAAUUGUUACAUCAAAUACUGGUACAACUGUAACAACAAGUGUCGUUGAUAACACAAAUACAACAAUCACCGAGCCCCAGACAGUGGAUAAACGUAUGAUUGAUGGAAAAACAUCAUCAAUAGUAACAGCAACAAUAUCAUCAACAACAACAGUAACAACAACAGCAACAAUAUCAUCAUCAUUAUCAAAUACAACAACAACAACAACAUCAUCUGUAUUUGGACAAACAAUUGCUGCUGUAACAGCAGUUGUUACUGCUAAAAAACCAAUAAUAUCACGUGGUAUACCACCACCAGUACCACCAAAUAAACCAAUAGUACCACCUAAAAAAGAAGGUACUGUUUAUAUGAGAAGACAAGAUCCAAAUCAACAAAUACAAGAUGUUAAACAAAUAAAAUCUCCAUUAAUACCAGCAUGUCAAACUAAUGUUGUUAAUCAAAAUCAACAAGUACAAGCAAUUACAACAGUUACUUCACAUCAAACCAUCGAAGAGGUAAAACCACGCUGAUAUCAAGAGGCUUCAUUCAAAGCCAAUCAAUGUCCAUCAUCGUGAUGAAAUAUUAUUUUAUUUUCAUUUGAUUUUAUUUUGUUUUUUAUUAUCAAAUAUCACAUGAGCAUAUACAAAGGCAACUACACAUAUUUUAUGCACAUUUGCACGCACCAUUGAUUCUUCAAUAGAUUUAUUUGAAAAAUAAAAUUAAAAUCAAACAAUAUUUGCUAUGAUCACUGCCUCGACAGAUUCACAAUGAAAA